AUUUCAUCAAAGAAUUUAUCUCACCAACGUGUCAAAGUUAGUGCCUUUAAAAAAAUUGCUGUCGUAGCUCGGACCACAACCGUUUAAUCCGACUUCUUUAUGUUGUUUAUUAUAAAAUAAUUAUUAAUUUUUAACAAACUAUACAAACAAUAAAUGCCGGGUCAUAAUAUUAGUACGUUAUAACAAAUAUGGAAUAUCAUUAUUCGGAUCUAUGCAUACCCACGGAUCAUCUACUUAGUGGCCAAUACACGCCGGACUUUGCCCCCCAGUAUAUGGUACCAUCACAAGAGGCUGAGUAUGAAGUCCGCAGCAGUGUGCUUGUUGAUGGUGGAGACAGGUUUGGAGUGUCCGCAGUUGUUUUUGAUAAAUAUGAGGAGCUUGUUUGGAUGGGGAAUCAAGGUGGUCAUGUGACAUCAUAUUAUGGUCCCGGAAUGCAAAAAUACACGUCAUUUCAAGUACACGAAUCUGAUGAAGUCAGAGACAUUAUCACCGUCGAAAAAGGCAUCUAUGUGCUGACCAAGACGGUGUUGAGGCAUCAAAUACGGAGAGGGCUCCCAAGGCACACUUAUAGAUCCAAUAAUAUGACCGACAUGCAAUGCCUUUUCCAAUUAAGUUCAUCAAAAUUGUUGAUGGGCGGGCAUCAAGACAAACUUAUUAAUUUAGAUUUGAAUAAGAUGACCGAAACUGUGAUUCCAAUACGAGAAGAAGGCUGCGCCGUACUCAGGAGCGGUGGGGGGUCAUUAGUCGGGUGCGGCAGUGCGAGUGGUGUGGUCGCGCUGCGGGACAUCCGAACCCCCGAAAACGCCGAGCACACAUUCAGGGCACACACGGCAUGCCUCUCCGACCUGGACAUGCAAGGUGAUCUGCUGAUCACGUGCGGGUUUACGCAGUCAGUCGGAGGAGCUCUACCAGAGCCGCAUGUAGUGGUGUGGGACGUGAGAUGCAUCCGCCGCGGUAAGGGAGAAAGUGCGUGGUCUAUACGCACCACCUCCCCUCCACUUCUGCUGCAUUUCCUGCCAGCGUUCUCUGGCAGGGCGGUGGCCGUCGCCGGUGAUGGACAUGUGGCCCUACUCCAUGUCAACGCGCCAGAUGAGAAGCAGUCUGUGUUUCGGGUGGACACCCAGAGUUCGCAGUGCAGUGUGAUGGAUGUGUCUUCCACUAGUCAAGCGUUAGUGUUCGGCGAUCAGUCUGGGCAUAUUCACCUUUUCUCACCGCAGCACAACCAUGAUCCUGUUUUUAACAAUUUUUCAAGAGCCACCGAGUUCGCGGACCCAGUGGUCGGCAUACCAAGCGUUAGUUUUAACGACACAACAUUCCAGUUCUCUUCCAUUCCCCUUCCACAACUAUCGUCAGGCACGAAGUGGUUUAACGAGCUACCACAGGAGUUUUUCAAAAAGGUUUACAGAAAACCAAAACCCAUCGACCCAGAAGUACUAAGGACGAUGAAAAUGCAAGGUCCUAUAGGUUACGCACCUAAUCCUAAAACUUUUAGGAGAAAUCAGUUGCCGUACGUUGUUGAGAAAUUAGAAGAUGUGCAAGCGGCGAGACAGAACGACAAUAAGUAUGUGAUGCAACCGAUCCCAAAGCAUUAUCAAAAGAUGGAUAUAAGAUACAACAAACAUGGCCCAAACGAUGCAGAAUUUGAAAACUGCAACAAGACUGGCAUGCCCGGGCUGGAGGCUACGUUGUCUAAUUCCUAUUGUAAUCCAAUGUUACAGGUAUUGUACUACACGCCGCCAGUGAAAGCAACGUUGUUGGCGCACACGUGUGCAAAAGAAUUUUGUCUUAGUUGUGAGCUGGGGUUCCUGUUCCGCAUGCUGGACACGUCGUGCGGCGCGCCGUGCGCGGCGGCGAACUUCCUGCGCGCGUUCCGCACCGUGCCCGAGGCCGCCGCGCUCGGCCUCAUCCUGCCCGACCGCGGGCCCGCCGCCGGCGCAGACCUGUUGCCGCUCAUACAGAGUUGGAACCGCUUCAUCCUCCAUCAAAUACACUACGAAAUAUUAGAAACGAAGAAGAAAGAGAAAGAGUUAGCGUUACUAGCGAACAGUCCGCCGAAAACUCCGCGAGCUAAGAGCAGAAGUGCGCCACAAGUCAACGGGCAGUACUCGGACGAAUAUCAGUUCACGGAGCUGGAGUUCCUCGGACCGACUGAGUUUGAGUGCGCUGAUGGGGGGGAUGAACUGUGGCAAGGUCGGAAUGACGGUGCGAAUGACGGCGAACCAGUUCAGAACCACGAUAACCACGAGCUGAACAACCAGCACGCGAGCAGAGAAGAGUCCGAGAUAUCGCGCCUGUUCGCUAUCGGCAGACAUCAGCUGAAUAGAUGUCUCAAGUGUAAUAAAGAGGAGGGUCGCGAGUCGGCGGCGCUGGCGUGCGCGCUGCAGUACCCGGGGGGCGCGGCGGGUGCGGAGGCGCGCUGGGUGUUCUUGGAGCUGGUGCGCGCGUCGCUGUCGGCGCGGCGCAGCACGCCGGCGUGGUGCGACCACUGCGAGCGGUUCACGCCCACCACGCAGCGCGGCCGGCUCGUCAGGUUACCGCCGAUAUUAGCAAUCAACUGCGGCGGCGUCACCGUGCGGGAGAAGGCUUUCUGGUCUAAAGGCUCGACGAGAGAGAUGCCAGAAGCGAAGAGAGGCGGUAGUGGUAAGCCGUGUCGGUACGGUCUACAUUGCGCGCGGCCAGGGUGUCAUUUUAAACAUCCAGACAGACCGAACUCUUCAACGUCCAAUGCUUCCAAAACACAAGACUCACAUUGCGUUCUGCCUCUGCAGUUGGUUAUCAGAGUGCAAUCGGACGGUGACGUCUUAAUCAAUGAGAAGAAUGAUCACUCGACGGAAAACUCGCCAAGCAACAGGGCUGAUACGAACAAACAUAAAAAGAAACACGUGACGACACAAUCCGAGGAGGAGUACACGUUGUCCGCGGCGGUGGUGUGCGUGGACGACAACCCUAAGAACUUAGUCGCGUACAUACAAACCUCGCAGAAGGAAGGCGAUCCGCGGUGGCACCUGUUCAAUGAUUUGUGUAUAGUCCCGGUAACGGCCGAAGAGGUGGUCCACUUCGGCGCGUGGUGGAAAUCGCCAUGCGUUCUGUUCUACUCGUCGUCGAGAGCUAGGGUAACCAACGACGAGGGCAAGUCAUAGCCGACGCUUUUGUAUGAGUCUUAUAGUCAACGCACUAUUGGCUCAUACGAUAUGAACGGGUACUACCCGCAAACAGAAACGCGUUACAAUUACGUUUGAAUUCCUCUUAGUUAUAAUGUGAUGUUUCCAAGCACAAAAUUAUGUGAACAAAUGCAUAUUUAUAAAUCAUGUGAUGCGGAUGGGAAGUUUAUUUUGUAUUGUGUGAAGUGAUGACGUCCAUGUGUUAAGGUUGGGGAUCGUCAGCGUAUGCCGAUGGCUUACAUGAUUGUGCUGCGUAUGCGCAGAAAAAAACCAGCCAAAGUUGGUAAGAAAAUUUUAAAGGUGGUUUAAUUUAUUUUUUAGUUGUAAUGUUAAAACUGGUACCGUUUUAAGUGAAGCAAAAAUUUUUAAAGUAUCAAAUAGGAUUCAAUAUAAAAUUUUCUAUACUAUCGUUCAAAAGUACUUAAUGUAUAUAUUUUUUUUAAUUCAUGUCAACGCCGUAUCGGUACGCUGACGGCCCAUAAAGACGUUGCAAUAAGCCAGGUUCAAAAUUUUGAAAGAAACUAGUUUUUAAUGUCGUUUUACAUAAGAGACUUAUUCAUAUUCUGUGCGAGAUUAUAUGAAAACAAGGAAUAUAAGGAGUUCAUCGCUGAAAUUACUGGCUGAUAAAGCAAUAAUGAACCGUGUUAUUCAAAAAUUAUCCGUGUUAUUAAAGCCUGAGAGGUGUAAAUUGCGCGCUACUAGUAAAACCAUAGUAAGAUUUUCAAACUUUCCGAUAAUCAAUAACUACAUUUUGCUAUAAAUAUCUAUUUUUAUAUAUUUUUUAUAGUGCCGAAAUUUCAAAGUAACCGUUUGAUUAAACAUACCUGACUUCAAAAAUUGUUCAUAAUUCAUAAGGCUCAUUAUUUUUAGCGUUAUGGUUUUAAAUAAUAGAAGUAUUUGUUUGUUAUUCUUAAUUUGACAAUAUGCUAAUUGGCAAUCAAUGGUACAUUCCACUGAACCUUUAUUGAGUAUUCCAAUUGGUCAACCGCCAAAUAACAUAUUGGUGCUCAUUCUAAUUGCCCUGUUACAUCUUUCAAGUCUUUACAAUAGUCGGCAAACAUCUUAAACUAAAAUUUGCGUGGUGGGGGAAAUUUUUUUAAGUGUCCCAGAACAUACGUUAAUUAACAUACGUUUUUUUUUAUAUUGGCACAGCAUUAUGAACAAUUUUUUUUUAUACCGCACGGCAAUGCGAUCACUACCUAAUGGUAGGUGGAGUGGGGUUCAAUAGUAUGUCGAGUGACGAGAGAUGAUUACCCCUUGGGAGUCGACACAAUUAUGCCGGCCUGUUGGAAACAGAUAUACAUAGGUUGUUCCCGGAACGCGACACACUUACGUGGGCCACUAUGGCGGGCUUUAACACCUUGUACGGUGGCCGCUAUCCGAGAUAAUAUAGAAUCCUACCACCAGCAUGCACGGUCAUGUGUUUAAAAUGAUUGCCGGCUAUUAAACUAGCAGUUGCCAAGAUACCAAUUUACAUUUAAUGCGAACAACGUGUGCAAUACCGCCUUAUUGCUAAGCUAGUGGUUUCAGACAUGACUCCCGUAUAUAUAUCGGUUCCAACAUUCAACAAAUUAGUUAUGAUUUUGUAAAAUCACAACGUGAUCUCAUUUUCGUGGUUCAAUUGUCUUUAUUUAAAAUUUUAAAUGAUCAUGUUUUCGCGUCGCUGAGGAAAAAAUACUGCGCACAUAAAUAUUCCUCAUAGUAUCUGCGGUAUUAUUAAAAAUGGCGCGCAUGGGCGGUUAAUAGUCGAAAAGCUGCCACAAUUUUUAUAUGGCAAUUGUAAGGAAAAACAGCAAGUGUGCACCCUCAUGAGCAUUGUCGUGCAGUGGCGAAUGGUGAAAUUUUCUCAAAAGGAACCCGACACAACAUAUAGGUCUUAUGUCUGAAGGCGAUUUGCAAAUCGUAAUGACAAUUAGAUUCCAUAUAAAGGGAAACCGGCAUGAAUCGGGUAAGAGGCCUUCCAAGUGUUACGUAACGCAAUUUGGAGGGGAGUGGGAUCUUGUAAAACAUUACAAUACGUUACAGGCGCGGGAGGUUGAACAGUACCUUACAUGGACCCUUAGUCAUUGUCAAUAGGAUUAAAAGUCCAUUGUUUUAACUGCAGGUGCGCGUCCAUUGAUUCUAUUCACUAUACUUCCUUAAACUGCAAGUUACUAAUAUUGGAUUUUGUAAGUGGCCAGUGUUGUUUCUUAAGCGACGGUAUUAUGUGGGAAUAAUGAGAGAUUAAGGUGCGUGUCCACUACACCCGCGAACAAUUAUGCGAACAAACAGGCGUAGGCUAUGCUUAGCUGACAAUAAUCUCAACUCAAUAAAAUAUACCCAGAUAUGAAUGAAUGUGAAAAUAAGCAUAAUUAAAUCGUAAAGAAGUAUUAAUUAUCAAGAAAAUAGUAUAUGACGUUGGGGUAAGUUCGAAUAAGAGAGAAAGUCGAUGGUUCAAAAUUAUUGGUAAAGCGGACAACCUUACUCUUAGACAACACGGGUUGAAGUGCUAUUUUGUGAUCUUCAACAAUCCUGAAUUACUUUUACAGUAAUUUUUCACCAACUGUUUUCUCCCUGUUAAAUCUUAUCCCAACUUACUAUAUCGGGUUAAAUAGAGAUUGCCUAAAUGUUUAGAACAAAGCUACGCUUAAAAAUGUUAUUGAAAUCAAGCCAAAUGCGCCUUAUAUUUUUAUGCUUUACAAAUAAUAUCAAUGUUGUUAUAUUGAGAUAUAUUUUUAUAUAACAAUCCGAAACUGUAUAUCGUACGAAUUCAAACACCAAUUAGCGUAAGAAAUAAUUGAUAUGACUGCAAUUGUUUUCGUUUUGCAGUAUGCAUAUGAGAAUAUUUAGGACCUGUUUCACAGUCUAAGUAAACGUUAACCGUGAAUUAUAGCAAAAUUAUAAAUAGUACUCAUUUGACUAACUUUUUGUUACCAAUUGUGACUUUUGCAUUUGGUAAUCUUGUACUGAUGGCCGAUGGGGAUAGAAGGUUCUGGAGUAGAGGCCACGAACUGACAAGCACAGCGUCGGACGUCCACCCACGAGGUGGACACAUGACCUCAUAAAAAUCGCAGGAGGUCGCUGGAUGCGGGUCGGUUACAAUAAAUCGAUCUGGAAAUCUUUGGGGGCGGCCCAUGUUCAGCAGUGGAUAUCCUGCAGCUGAUGAUGAUGAAUCUUGUACUAUUUUCCGAGUAACGUUUACCCGGACGUGGUGAAAUAUGCCCUUAAAAUAGUAAUUUAAUAAAUUUGAUCGUUGCAUCGUGCCAUGUUAUGGAUUUAAAAGACUAAUUGCAAUGUAUACAAGAUCUUAGAUAAUGAAAACAAAUAUAAAUACAGUAGUUUUGAAAUAUAAUUAAGAUAAACUUUAACAUAGUCUAAAUCAGAUUUUAUUGAUUCAUUUUUAUUGAACAAACUAAUAGAUACAAAAAAACCGUGGUAUUUUAAUCAAUAAAGUUUCUACAUCUAAUUACCUCUUUUAUCAAGUGAGUGAAACGUAAAAGCAAUAAAUCAAAUAAAUAAUAUAUAAUUACAAUCUCAGUUCAAUAACUAAAAGUCAUUCAGUGAAUAGAAAUACAAUGUCCUACAGGUAGCUACAUAAGUAACUAAACAAAUUAAAAAAAUCAAAUAGCCUAUUCACUUGUUUUCUUUCUUAAAAAAAAUCUUUACAAAAUAAUAUAUCUGCAAUUCACCGAAAGAAAAAUAAACUUAACGUGUACAGGCGAUUUGUAGUUUUGAAUUUGUUCAGUCACUUUUGUGGCUAAACGUAUAUAGAAAUAAAAUCAAUCGAUAAUAAUGUUAAUGUGGCUAACUAAUAAUAGUCAUAAACUUUAUAUUUUGACAUUCCGGCUAUCUGCCUAUUUGGAUACCUCAUUUCGCGAGGUGUAGUAGUUACUUAAUGCUAUAUAGUUAUGUUUUAUUCAAGACUCAAGGGGCCUUUCAAGUGUUACGUAACCACGGCAGAGAUGUGUGUGUGUGUAUGUAUGGGGGGGGGGGGUCUAUGGUUUGCAUAUUUUUAAAAACGAUGCAAGGGGAUCUGAAUAGUUAUUUCCUCAGCAAUGUUUAUUUAAUUAUUUAUAGUUUUUUUUAUAAAUAAAUAACAAUAAAGAAAAUUUAACUAAUUUCGUAAACAUUACAUUUAUGCUUAUGUAAGAACGGGAGACGAGAAUGGGAAGUGGGUAGUUUGUAAUAUUGCUGACAAGCGGGACAUGGGGGUUCAUAAUACUAAAAUUCUGCUUACGCAAUGCUUGAAAGGCUCCCAGCAGUAAGUUUAAAUAACCCAGGACUGAAUUUAUGCUACUGCACUGUGCUGGUGUUUCUGAGACGUUAGUGUUAGGUAGUAAGUGUCCAGUAAAUACAUGAUGCUCGUACCUGACAGUGCAAGUACUGUUGAUUGUUGACAGAAAUAGACAAAUCGGUGACACCCAGACAGAUGUCGCAUAUGAUAGAUAUCUUAUGCUCUGUCUUUGCGCAAAUGCUUACUACUAGGUAUACGUUUUAUAUUGUUCGUGUUAAGUGUUUAUUUAUCCAUAUACAAGACAAUAUGCCUAUAAUGAAAGUUAAAUGAAAUAUAUAUUUAUUUUUUAUUGUUGUCGAAUUGUUACUAUACGCUCAAAAUGCGAAUAUACAUUAAUAUAGAAUGUAUUAUAAAUAUUUGUUCGUGGUUGCAGUAGACUCUCACCUUUAGAUUUUUUUUAAACAUUCUUAGUGAAAUGGAAUGUUGGUUAAAUGUUUGCAUCAUCUUUUAAAUUAUAAGUCUUGUAAUUUAUGGUUGUAAUUUCGAUCAAUUUUUUUGUACUGUUAAUAGUGUUUAGAGUUGAAUUUUAAGUUAUUUGUGAACUAAUGCGCAUCUUUAUAAAUAUGUAAAAAAACAUGUCGAUAACGAAGCUACAGUGUCGAUAAUUUUUAAUUAAUGUAGCGAUGCAUUGUCAAGGCCACGUUCCAUUUCACAAAGUUUAUAUUUAAGACAAAACAUAUUAAAUGUGAUAUUACAAUUUCUCAUACUCAAAUUAAUGACAUUAUUGUAAUAAAAGAAACGACUGCUGAUGCGAAGAGGAAAUAUUUUUAGAACAUGAGAUCGGCAGCAUUUAUUAAAUUGUAAGUUUUAAUCACAGUAUUUUCUAUUUUUCAAUUUAGUCCGCUUAAAAUGGUGGCUGGUUUUAAAUAAAAGUCAAAUUAUCAAA